AUGUCUUCUCAGCCCUUCCUGCCAUUGUCCUCGUCGCCAGCUUCUACGUUGCUGCCGCGACGUCCCAGUCUGGAACUCGAGCGGGAUAUGUUGACGACGCGUGGCCAGCGUACUUGGUCUUUACUGCCCAGUCGUACAUCCAGCGCCGCAUUGCAUGAACUCAAUGAAGAAGUCGCAUCGCCAACAUUUCUCCGACGAGGCUCACAUCUCAUUGGGCAUAGUAAUCCCCGUUAUAAAUGGCGACAAUACUACGAGCGUAAUAACUCGUUGAUAUCUCAAUAUCUGUAUAUCGAUCGUUUGCUGGAUUCUUCUUUACCACACAAUUUAAUUGAAGAUUACAAUGGAUGCCAUCACCACGUACCAUCUGAAUCUUCCACCCGCCUACAACCGGAAGCAGACGUGGAACCCAACAACGAAGCCAAUGAAUCUCAAAAUGCUUCUAAAAACUCCAGAGUUAAACGCACAGCCCACAACUUAUACCGCAUCCCCGAUGAAACAGACCCACUGCUCCCUUCAAACGAUGACGAGAACUGUAUUCACCACAUACCAGAAAUGGAACCACACAGCUCUAUGUCCCCCGAAAAAGAAGAGCAGCUAAUCAACCUCGCCAUCAAAGUCAAUUUCGCUGCGAAUGUCAUUCUGCUCGGAUCAAAGGUAGCCAUCAUGGCUCUAACAAGUUCAAUGUCCGUUCUUGCAGGAUUAGUUGAUGGGGUACUGGACUUUCUCAGCACACUGAUUAUAUGGAUUACGACGACUAUUAUUCGUCGACAAGAUCGGAAUAGAUACCCUAUUAGUCGGCGCAGAUUGGAACCUGUGAGCGUUUUGGUUUUCUCGGUUAUUAUGGUUACGUCGUUUUUUCAGGUUGCUCUUACUUCUAUUAAUAGGUUGACUGGGGAUGAUCGUGAGCUUGUUGAGCUUUCUUUGCCUUCGAUUGUACUUAUGGCUGCGACGGUGGUUGUUAAGUUGGCUUGUUGGGUUUGGUGUCGGCUUAUUCCUAGUCCGAGUGUUCAAGUGCUUGCGCAGGAUGCUAUGACAGAUGUGGUUUUUAAUACUUUUAGUAUUAUAUUCCCGUUGAUUGGGGCAUUUGCUCGUCUUUGGUAUCUUGAUCCCCUUGGUGGUGUUUUCUUGUCUGUCUAUAUUAUGUGGAACUGGGGCCAGACAGCAAGCGACUAUAUUGUUCGUCUUACAGGUGCUGCUGCUUCUGCGACUGAUCACAGUAUUCUGCUGUAUAUGACUAUGCGGUUUUCGAGGGUGAUUUUGAAAAUUCAGGAUCUCAAAGCGUAUUACGCGGGUGACAAGCUGAAUGUUGAGGUUGAUCUUGUUGUGGAUGAAAGGACUAGUCUUCGCGAUAGCCAUGAUGUUGGAGAAAGCUUACAGUAUAUUCUGGAGAGCGUACCGACUGUGGAUAGGGCGUUUGUGCAUCUGGAUUAUGAUGAGUGGAAUCUUCCGAGUCAUAUGAAUCAGUUGGAUCGUUAG